AAGUGUAUACAUGUUGAUCGCGCCCAAGUAGCUGCGAUACAGGACCUUACGACGAAUUUACCACCUGAACAUUGGCAGGCAUUGACAGUUUUACAUCGUACGCUCUUGCAUGAGCAUCGUGACUUCUUCUUAGCUAGCCAGCAUCCAUCCGCCUCUCCAGCGCUUCACCGUUUAGCUAUCAAGUAUUCUAUGCCGGCUCGUGUGUGGAAGCAUGGCAUACACUCGUUUCUGGAGUUGCUACGAAGGCGUCUUCCUGAUAGCAUUGACUAUAUGCUGGCCUUUAUCUACUUGGCUUACCAGAUGAUGGCUUUACUCUACGAAACGGUUCCCGCCUUUGAGGACACUUGGAUCGAAUGUUUGGGUGAUCUUGGAAGGUACCGUAUGGCCAUUGAGCAGGAGGACGUCCGUGACUGCAACACUUGGGCUGGGAUUGCGCGAUCCUGGUACACAAAAACAGCAGACAGGAACCCAACUGUGGGACGGCUGUACCACCACCUUGCAAUCCUGGCUCGACCCAACGCUCUUCCGUAG